AGCACCUAAUACAACAGAAGUUGUCUCUAGGCACUUUCCAGAUAAGAUAAUAUAAGAUCUUGAGUUGAUGCUUUAACAUCAAGUAGCUCUCUUCAUAGUCACAUUCCACCUGUUGAAGAACCUGAACAUUACUUGAAAUACGUAGCCAGAGGCAAGCACGGUGUUGUAUGUGUAAGCCCUCACUAGACUAAGCCUGUGCCAUACCUAGUAGCGUGCCUGGAUUUAAGUGAUCUUGACCUGCUUUCUGAUUGGCAGGGGUUCACACAGUCCCAGAGACCUGUGAGACUCAAACCACCUGCACUUUCUGUAGGGAGGGGAUGAUGGCUGUGUACAGUGACACUGUAAUGAAAGCUGCAAGCUACUGCAUUAUGUUAACAGGUUACUGUCAAUGAGGCUUUUAUUGAGAUUUUAAAACUUUAAUGUUAUUAUAUUUAUUUUUUUGACUGGAACAUAUUGACUCAAAUAUGAGUUCCCUUGGGAUCUUGGGCUCUUCUGGGAAAAGUUUUUGAUGUAAUGGUGCCAAUUAAAUGACAGGGAAAACUGAAAAUUUGCAUUGUAAAAUAUAACCACCAGAGAGCACAAUAACAUGCAGAUGACUUCUCUUUCAAUUGGUCCGUGGGUGUUACAGAUCUCUUAUCUGUGCUGUGCUUUUGACUAGGCAUUACGUAGCUGACAUUUUAGUGUUUAACGUGUAUGCUUUUGUGAUCACAAACUUGCAUUGGAGACAAAUUGAAGUGCUUUGAAAUGGCUCUACACGACAAAAAAAACAACAAAAAACUGGACAUGCAUCUGGCCACUGACGCUGAGGCAGAGUACUUGAACAGGAAGUUUAACUUUGUGGUUAACCAACCAUUGCAAAGGACUUGCCUUCACACAGGAAGUUAGUGUCACUAAUGUUUAGACUGAAAACGGUUACUUUGCAUGUGAACAUUAUUGCUCACACGUCAAGAUUUCUGACUCAAAAUGGCCCAGUCAAGGGAUCAGUCUUUUGCCAGCCGUUUUAUCCACAAAUAUCUUAAGACCGGACCAGAGCACAAAGCACAGGAGAGUGAGGUGCCUCAUAUCUCUGAGUUCACCGUCACAUGGGAUAAGUUAAUGAAAGAGUUCUUAGCCAAAGCCAAAGAAGAUUUUUUAAGAAAAUGGGAGAAUCCUCAACAGUGCACAACAGGCCUGGAUGACUUUGACAGGUUCAAGACUCUGGGCACAGGCUCGUUUGGACGAGUAAUGCUUGUGAAACAUAAAGCUACAAACCAGUUCUAUGCCAUGAAGAUCUUGGACAAGCAAAAAGUGGUGAAGUUGAAACAGAUAGAACACACACUAAAUGAAAAGAGAAUACUACAGGCCGUCUCCUUCCCCUUCCUCGUCAGUUUGGAAUAUGCUUUCAAGGACAACUCAAACCUCUACAUGGUGAUGGAGUACGUGCCUGGUGGUGAAAUGUUCUCACACCUCAGACGCACAGGAAGGUUCAGCGAACACCAUGCAAGAUUUUAUGCAGCUCAGAUAGUGCUCACAUUUGAGUACCUUCACUCCUUAGACCUCAUAUACAGAGACCUGAAGCCUGAAAACCUGCUUAUAGAUCAACAUGGAUAUAUCCAGGUGACAGACUUUGGCUUUGCAAAACGGGUAAAGGGCAGGACCUGGACCUUGUGUGGAACUCCUGAGUACCUGGCCCCAGAGAUCAUCCUCAGCAAGGGCUACAACAAAGCUGUGGACUGGUGGGCACUUGGAGUUCUUAUUUAUGAGAUGGCUGCUGGUUACCCUCCUUUCUUUGCUGAUCAGCCAAUCCAGAUCUAUGAAAAGAUUGUAUCUGGCAAGGUACGAUUCCCCUCUCACUUCAGCUCCGACCUGAAGGACCUGCUAAGGAACCUGCUCCAGGUAGACCUGACAAAGAGGUUUGGCAAUCUGAAGAAUGGAGUGAACGACAUCAAAAACCACAAGUGGUUCUCCACAACAGACUGGAUUGCCAUUUAUGAGCGAAAGGUUGAAGCCCCCUUCUUGCCAAAGUGCAGAGGACCAGGUGACACGAGCAACUUUGAUGACUAUGAAGAAGAGGAGAUUCGCGUCUCACAAACUGAAAAGUGUGCAAAAGAAUUCGCUGACUUCUAGUGAAUGGGCAAAAGUCCCAACAGGGCUCUGGUGUUUUGGGAUAUUUGGACUAAACUGAAGGUUAAGAUGGAACAGAGGCCAUUACAGACUCAGAAGAUAAAAAUGAGUUCCAUCAUUCCACACAGCUGAAUGAGAUCCUUUUUGCCAUAAUCCUGCGUGCAGUUAGCACUGAUCUACACACAGGCACAUUAUGCAGACACCCCUCGUGCUGCAACAAAAGUACUAGACCACAUUGUCAUUGUUUGUCUUUUAUCUUUAAUUUUCUGUGUUUCCUCUUAUUUAAGUUCCCAUUCGAAAAUCAUCAUGGAAAAUUGAUAUUACCCUCCUUUUCAAGAGGCACAAAGAGUGACUUUAUUAGCUGGUGUUGCACAUAUUUAGGCAUAGGGGAAAUUAGGGGAUUUUUAAAAAAAAAUCUAUUUUUUAAUUUAUCUAUUGUCUUUUACUGGGCUGGGUGUCUUAAAAGAAUUUAGUUCAGAGUUCAUGAAUCAAGUCUGCAAUCAUUGUUUGUCAUUCCGGCGUCCUUAAGACCUGGAGCCAUGUAUGUGUUCAUAAAGACAAAGAUGCAUGAGACAAACAGUUUCAAAAAUCUUUUUUUUUUUUUUUUUCUUUUUUUUUUUUUAUCAUGACCAAAUUUCAAACAUUAUGUGAAGGAAGAAAAACAAUGAUGACUUCUCAAAGGUUCCGUUUUAGCACUCCAGCUUUUGAAUUUCAAAGACGCAAACAAAACAGUGACGAGAUAGGAAGCAGAAAUGUGUCAGUGCUUUGUUGUUAAUUUAUCAAAUUUAUCAUUAUUUAACCAUAUCUGUUCACAGGAUAUUCACUUUUUACCUCAGUCUUUUGGUGUGGUAUUCAAUUGAAGGAAUUAAAUUAUAUAUAUAUAUAUAUAUAUAUAUAUAUAUAUAUAUAUAUAUAUAUAUAUAUAUAUAUAUAUAUAU